UUAAUAAGACAACUUAUGAAUAUUUAAAAAGGAUUCGUUUAACUACUACGGGAAUCGACGUAUGGAAGUGAUAAAGGAAAUCUAGUUAGUGUUCAUGGAGCAGUCUCUCUUUCGCGUGAGAUUCUGUAACUGGGGAGAGUGACGUAGUGACGCGACGCGUCCAUGACAACCAACUUUAAUUAUCCGUGUUUUGGAGUGAGUUAGCAGGUCGCGCGUAGACAGUAGCCAAACUUUAUGCGUUAUCUGGAGCGCCACGGCAGAAAGUUGAAUGUUGUAGCGCCUUUGCGUCUUUUCCGCGGUUCCUCACACGUGAACAGUGUCCAGCAGCGAGUUUAGACGGUGUGAGUAUGUCGGUGUCCGUCAGCUGCAGCGCGUCUCCCGCGGAGCGAACGACGCCGGAGAGCCGCAGGACGAGGAGAUCCAGCGCUGCGGACGUGGUGGCCGAGCUUCCUCAGGUGAGAGAGAGGACACCUGUAAAAGACAGAAGCAGCCUGCAAAUGCGUGAUGAUUUAAUUCCAGACGAGCUCCUCGCAACUUUAAGAUCCACCACCUGUCCUCAAGACAGACUCGGACCCCUCAGAUUAACCAAAACUCCCAAGGACUUCAAGGUUUGUUUAAUACAUCGCACCGAUGCAGUGUGGCACCAUCCAGCUAGACGCAAGAAAUACCAAUACUUUCUUAACCAGCCUACCUCUCUGACUGGAGCUGGAAGAGACAUAUCCUUCCUCUGUGAUGCUCGAUUGCCUCUCCCACCAAUGACUGAACGAAGCCCCGCUCAGGGAGAUCAAAAGUUGAAGGACGUGAAUUCACUGGAAACAUUAAUCCCGGAAGAAUAUCACAUCAUAAAAAACAAAGGCCUCAAAGGACUGCAGUGCUAUGAUGACAAAUUCACAGUUCUCCUAGAAGAUGACAAACAGAAACUAAGAGUCUUUCCAUCAAUGAAACCCAGCGGCCGUCUUGAGGUGGUACAGUUAAUGAAAGUGAUGGACAAAAUGUUGGAAAAAGCAGGUGUCAAUCAAGAGUUUCAAGAGCUAACCGAACUCUCACAGAUUGAAAAUUUACUGGAGCUGGUUCAAAUCGAGCAGAACAUCUACAACAUAGUCUUCCACGAGCUAAUCCGCCAGGUCAGCGUCGAAUGUGCCGAGAGAGGACAGCUCCUCGCCAAGAUCAGGGAGAGGUACGUGGCUCUACUUGACCGUAUCCCGCGGCAGGUGAAGGGUCUGCACACAGAAACCUUAGCGCAGAAGGCUCUAGACCGCCGGCUCACUGAAGAAAUCAUUCACUUCAAAAGCUCCAUUGCGAAGCUUAAUUUGGAACUGAGUGCUAUGAAAGAACAUGAUGAGAAUGUGUCCAAAGAGGCAGAGAAAGCCAAAGAGGAGCUCGCUAAAGCCCUGGAGGAGUCGCAACGCAAUGCAAAUAUUGUAGCAGAGUACCAUGAGCUUUAUGAGCUGCAGCGAAGGAGGCUUGAAGGACAGAUGUCUCAGCUAUAUGAAGAAAGGGACCUCUGGAGAAAAGCCACCUAUAGUCUUGCAGUCAAGAUAAUAAAGAUAAAUAAACUUCAUCUGGUCAGACGGCUACAUAUUAAUGAGCAGACCUGGGCCAAGACUGCAGAUCAUUUUACUGUUCUCCUAACAGCAAAGGACUCUGAGGAUGUUUCUCACAUCAUGGAAUUGACUGACCAGUGGAAAGAUAAACUGACCACCUUCAUGGAGAACCUCAGAGAGGCUGAAAGCAAGCAGCGCAAGACCAUAGAAUGUGUCCGUGCUAACAUUGCCAAGUGGCACAAGUUUUAUGAAGACAAAUCAAGGAACCCUUCUACAAACGUUGACAAGUCUUCAGAAGAUGAGCUGUCCCAAGACCUGAAGCAAUGGUCAAAGGUGUUGACACAGCAGUGUGAGCGAUAUGGAGGAGUGGACCUAGUGUCUGGUCAGGAAACACUUGAAAUGCUAACAAACCUUCAAGAGUCCUGGAUUGAGAUUUGUCUCCAGCUGUUUAGGAGACACCCUGAUCCAGAUGGUGGGCCACCUAAAGGCCAGGAGGCCAUGAGGGAGCUUGCGAAGGCCAUUACAGAGCUCCAGAACCAACUGGGAAUCCGUAUUAGUGGAGAAAGUGGGAUCCAUGCAACCCUAAUGCAGCUUAUUGAAAAUAUGGAGUUCUGGUCAAGAAGAUUAAAGUCCUUGAGUGGACUUCCAGAGGAGCAGACUUUGGGUGAUUGGCUCAAGUUGGAGGGAACUCUUGGCAACUUGAUGAAUCUGUCUAAGGAGGCUCUCCAACUAGUGGACAGCACACAGUCAGAACGGGACAGGGUUAAAAAGAAACCCCACACCAAGAUUGAAAUGGAUGAUGUCUUAAAGGCAAUGAAGGAGUUCCGGUUCUCUCAAGAAAACUUUUUCAACUGUGAAAAUUUGAGACUUCAUGAGGAGGUCACUUCUCUUCACACCAAGUUGAUUCGGUGGAUGGUGGACCUUCUGCUACUGAUGGUGCCAGUCCAAGAACCGAAUCUUCCAACGCCUGAAUUAAACACCAUUGUGGACGUGUCUGUUCAGAAGCUGGAGGAGGAUGCCAGGAACCUCUCUGGGAAACUUGACUAUUUCUCCAAGUACAUCACAAGUUCUUGUCAGGCUAUUGUGGAGGAGGCAAUCCGGAAGAGCUCAACUCAGAAUGACACAGAGAAUGAGCUCUACCAACUUGCUAAACUUCAGAAAGAGUGUGGCGAGUGGGUGGAGGCCUGUCGAAUACUACUGUCAGAUGUGAAGGGAAGCCCUGUGGACCUGCAGCUUUCUGGAAAAAUUGUACCGCAGCCACUUGAGCAACAACCAGAAGAACCUACCAAAGAAGAUGAAGAGGAACCCUUGACCAUAGAAGACGCCACUGGGCCUUAUUCUAUCCAAAGUGCUGAUGAAUAUGGGCAAGAAAAGGCCAGUAGACAUGACAAAAAUGACUCAGUCAUGAAGCUAGUUGGUUAUGAUGGCAAUAUCACUGAGAAGAACUUAGGAGAGGACACUGUCGAACUUACAGGGACUGAAGAACUUGUGGUAUCCCCUCACACUAAAAAUGCCAAGGAAGCCUUCGAUGCAUUAGAAACAGUGAGAACUCUUCAGCAAGAGCUUCUGGAUGUAGAGACGCGAGCUAUCAGCAUGGAGGUACGAGCACUAAAGGCAGAGGAAGACCUACAGGCAGCUCUGGACAAGAUACAAGAUCUGGAGAGGCAGCUACAGGCUCAGCCCAGUGUGGAGACCAAGUCGAGCAAGAAGAACAUUGCACCCACACACAAGGCCCCCAGCACCCCGUCUGAAGCCAAAACGAGAAGUCAGAAACCUGAAGCCAGCCCGAAACUGUCCAGGGGCACCAAAAAACGCUAAAUGGGAAUAAACACCCAGCUCAUGGAGCUCAUGUUGGGCAAAAUAAUAAAGUGUAGACACAUCUGUA